ACUGCAUUCAUGAAGUGAGAUAGUGUGUGACUGCAGUGUGCUAUGGCCAUACACAGUUUUUAUAGGCUUUCUUCCUACUCGCAUUACACCUAGUGGAGCUUAAUUAGUUUUUGUUUACACAAGUGACAUUUUCAAACUUUCUCGUGCAGUGUUAACCUGGUGAAUCGCAGGAAAAGGGUGGGUAAGGGUAUGAGCUAGCUCCCUAAUAUUGGGUCGGCAGAGUGGGGUUUGACACUGCCGCUCAAAUUUUUAUGGUUGUUUGGGACUGCUACACUGCUACGUGGUUGAGUGAACAGGGUGAGCUUAGAUAUAUUUUUUUAGAUUUUUUGCCAAGGUAAAGAGUUCUGUCACUUUAAUCUGGAUUUUGUAAGCAUUUGACGCUUAAAAAAGUAAAUACUUAUACUUUUGUCACACAAGAAAGUUUUUUUAUUAUUUUUAUUGAAUCAAGGAAACUGAGUAUUUUAGAUGUUUAUUUUUAAAAACGAUUGAUUACUUAAAAUUUCUAAUGAAUUAAGCUGAAACUCUAAUUUAUUUUUAUUUUUUCUUUACAGAAUUGUUCCUCAGUAUUUUAAUUAUACCAUAGUGACAGUAUUUUCAUUGUUCUGAUACACAGAACUGUGUUGGAAAAACUGACUGCUGUCAUUGUUAAACCCAAGACAGGCCCCGGCAUACGCACUGUGUGCCGACACAUUAGCCAUGGCAUCUGGUUACCCAGCUAACUCCUUUGGGAGGCUCGGGGUGGCUUGCUCACAGACCAUCACAGAAGAGCCUUUCAGCCCAGAAACAUCCAGUCUGGCUGGCAACUUUGACACAACUGAAAGUAUAAACUCUUUUCAUCUGCCCGGGGAGUUGGGGGAUGGAAACACUGUGGGGAAGUCUAAAUCAAAAUCUGGCUAUGGCUAUAACCGUGCGGAAUUAGGUUCUUUACUGGCCGCUGAGGUUUGUAUUUGUCAAAUUUAGAAAUUCAUUUUCAAAUAAUUUGUUUUUCUUGUCAGUUAUUUGCAUAUAGUUUCAUAAAAAUUUGCAUUUCUUGUUAUUUAUAAGGAUACUGUGGAUACUUGACAAUUUUAAAAACUAUUAGUUUCACAAGGAGGGGAUUUUUUAUUUACAUACUCUUAAUUAAGGUGUUAAAACUAAUAAUUAGUUUAAACUUAACAGCAUUCUUUAAAAUAACUAGCAACUUAGACAUUUGCUGAAGACCUAAAACUCAUUUUGGAAAAAAUAAAUAAUUUAUAAAUCAGGUAUGUAAAUGUCCUUAAAGGAUAUAUUUUUUAAGUUAACUUCAUUUUCUUAAACUCCUUGUAUGAUGCUUCUAGCUUUUUUUUAUGCACUUAUAUUUCUUAAGCUAAUUUAUAUUUAUUUUAGUUUAUGUAAAUAUAUGCUAAUAAUUAUUAAGACGAAAAAGUUCAAAUGCUUUAAAAUGCACUGAAUAUGCCAUAAAUGCUCAUAAUGCUAGAUAGAAAUCAUGACACAGGCCUAUGGAGUUCUUGUGCUUAAAUGCUCAAAGAAAGAAAAAACUUGUAACUAUUUUUUGAAUAUUGAUUUUUAGGAUGAUAAACUACCCCCUGAACUUGAUGAGGAUCUGGAUGGAGUAGACACCUCCUUGUUAAAUGUCCCCAGUAAAUGUGCUCAACAAGCAGAAGAGUUUGUAAAGAAGGUAGGCUUGUGUUUGACAGUGGAUAGAUCUGUUUCAAUUAAUUAAUAUUUUUGUAGGAAAUUAAAUGGGUAGUGUUAUUUCUAGGAAAAGUUACAUUCAAUAUUAUGCAUUCAGUGAACUGUUAUAAUUAAAUCUAUCAGAAAUAAAAUACAAAACAUUUAUUGAAUUAUAAUUUUUCUUAGCUAGUUGAAAGGAAAAUGGUGUAUAUAAAGUUGACCAGCUAGUUGAAAGGAAAAUGGUGUAUAUAAUGUUCAUCAUCUAGUUGAAAGGAAAAUGGUGUAUAUAAAGUUGACCAGCUCAUUAAAAAAAAUGGCCUUCUGAAUAUAGAGAUACUGUAGGUUCCAUAUAAAUUCAUGUAUUGCUAGGUAAUUUAAGUUACUGCUUAUGGCCUACUUUUAUCAAUGUAUUUAAGUGUCCAAAUGACAAUUUAAGUGGGUGUUAUAUUGUGCCAAUUUUUUGGAAGGGUGACAAUUACAGAAAAUUUCUUAAUUCAGAUGUGUUUCUUUAUUGAACAUAAGCUAAGAUUUGAAAGUGGGAUUGGAGUAAUGCAUUUUAUUAAAAUAUAUAUGUAUUUAUAAGUAUUAAUGAUGAAUGAAUUGCUGAAGAUUAAAAUUGGAUUAUAUUUGACUCAACAUAAUCUGAUACAGGUGUGGGCUGCUGGCUGGAAUGUCGCCCACCACCACACCCUGCCUGACUGGCUCAAGGACAAUGACUUUUUACUCAGAGGCCAUCGUGUUCCAACAAACUCAUUCAUAGCAUGUUUCAAGUCCAUUUUUAGAAUUCACACUGAAACUGGAAACAUAUGGACGCAUUUGCUAGGUAAGGGCAGCCAAAGAUAAAAGGGCUCUUGUAGUUCUAACUAAUCAAUUCAUGACUUGAUGACGGUCUGACAAAGGUCUGUUACAUUAAGAAAUGACGUCAGCAGGGCGAGUCUAGACUCUUAUGCCUCCCCCCUCCCCGGUCCGACGUAUCGGGCCACGGAGUGGCACGUUGGAGAUGCCCACUCGUCAGGACGGCCCCCACACGGGCCCCUCACCCAAGUCCCCCGCUUGGGCGCUCGACCAGGACCCCGCCUGGGGGCCGCCCCAACCAGGAGGCACCCAGUCGAUCCGACACUAUGCGUUUAAACAGUGCACUCGAUCGACUUUCUCAGGAGUUGGGAUGGAAAAAUUUACAUCCUAAUAUCUUCCCCCACCCAUCCCGGGAAAGCGUCGGAUGCCCUAUAAGAGGGAUUCCACAGUGGGCUUCCACAACGCAACUAGUUCACGCUGUAGCUGGGACGAAACGGUUGCCUAGGGGCAGCGUUCUCACGGCUGCAUUAUUUGAAUCCUCGGCCAGAGGUUACCACCCUCGCCUCUGGCCUCAUACCCGUCAACGGCAACUUGUAAUCAUGAUCCCUACCCUGGCUCUGCCUAACUUUCCGACUGCGAAAUAUCACAACCGGCAGCCCUGUGGGAGCUGUUUUAUGUACGGCAGGUACCGAGCACACCCUUUGUCUGCCCACGCGGGGCGUGCCCAGUAGUUAUGUUUCCAGGCAAACGCCGAGGGGGUCGGUGGCCGACGCUUCCUAAUCGGCAAGCCACAGCAGACUUGUCAACCAGAAACCUGGAGGGACAAAGGUCUGUUAAAUGGAGGUCAACAUCUUGGCCUAAUAAAUAAGGGUUGGUUUAAUAAGCUUUCUUUUAUAGAUGUCUACCAACAUUUUCUCGAGUUGUAGCUGCAUGUGUUGCCCCUUUUGAAUCUCUGUCUUUACAUUUUUCUCUGAGAUAACACUUAAAAGAAGUAGGGAUGUUUCCCAGCAAUGGAAAGCUAGUCCUGCACAUCUUCAUCUGAUGAAGUUGACUUAGUAGCAUGGGUCACAAUGGCUGUGUAUUAAUCUUGAUAUGUUAUUUCAUUUCUUCUGUUACAGGCAUGAUAGCUUUCCUUGGCAUUGCUGCCUACUUCUUAACUCGACCUUCCAUUGAGAUCCAGUGGCAAGAAAAGGCAGUUUUCUCAGCUUUUUUUAUGGGGGCCAUUUUAUGUCUGGGCUUUUCGUGGGUGUUCCACACCGUCUACUGCCACAGUGAACGUGUUGGUAGAUUUUUUAACAAGUAAGUAUUGUGGUAAUUUGGCUGUUAUUGAAGCGCUAAAAUAAUUAUGACUAAUUGAUCUAUUAAAAAGUAAAUAAGAGACUGCUACUGUAUUGUAGUAUUCUAAUUAUCACCAGGACCUGUAAAAUUGGAAAAAUCUAUUUCAAUGUCAGUCUGCCAACAAGUUUUCACUUUGGUUAAGUUUUAGUUAUUUGCUUAGUUUUUAUUCUCUUUAUCGGGCCUGCACAGUUCAAAAUGUAAGACGGGCCGUAAUACUUUAUGAAAAAUUUGUGUAGGCCGAAAGAAAAAAGGACAGGGGGGGGGAAGCUAUUAAGAAAAUAAUAAAGAAUGUUUGGAUACUUCAGGGGCUGCAAAGUGGGUGCUGGCGGGCAGCAUGCAGACUGUAUGUUGUGCAGGGCUGCUCUAUAUCCUAUAAGGGAUAAAUCAAUUUAAACAUUUUUAUCUUGUUUUAUGGUAACUUUACAAUAUUUUUCAAUGGCUACCCCUCUUACACAUACCUUAAUUAAUCAUAUGUUGUUUUUUUUUCUGUCUUUCAGACUUGAUUAUUGUGGUAUAGCAUUGCUCACCAUAGGUUCCUUUGUUCCCUGGCUGUAUUAUAGUUUCUAUUGUCGCCUGGAGCCCAAAGUAACUUACUUAGCUUUGAUAUUUUUCCUGGGAACUAUUGCCAUCGUGGUCUCCAUGUGGGACAAGUUUGCUCAACCACAGUACAGGCCUUUGAGGGCAGGUGAGAGUCUUUUUAAUCUUUAGGGUUCAAGUUCAGAUAGGCUUGUGUUAUCUCCACUUCUGAUAUUAUCUGCAAUUUAAAUUUAAAAAAGAAUGAGAAUGUGCAUGAUAGCUUCUAUUUUAGUAAGAUUAGAUCAUAAUGUCAUAGUGAGAUUGCCUAAAAUGAAUUCAGAAAACUGGGCCUCAAUCAUUUCGUCCUACAAAAUCUUGUAUAGUUAUGGUCUUGACAUAAAAUUCCAGUGGACAUACCAAGAGGAUUUUAUUACAUUUAAAAAAAAAAUGCAUGAUUAGAAAACAUAUCUGGUGGCAUUUUCAGUUCCUCGUUUAAAAAGCUUUUCUUUUAUUAAGUCGUCAUGGUGGGUGGCAAUGAUGUUGGAUUUUUACCAACCUCCCUAAAUUCUAGAGAGCAUUUUUAAUAUUUCCUAGAAAAAGUUUAAAAUUAAUUUAUACCACAGAUAAAUGCAGCUAUUUAGAAAUUAAUUGUAAUAUAUAUCAACUAAACCCAGAGUUAAAAAAAACAAAAAGGAAGUCAAGUCAGUUGAAGUAAUAACAUUUCCAAAUUAAUUGAAAUGAAUGAAUAAUUGUACACAAAAUAACAUGAGAGCAAUGUUUUUACCUAUGACUUGUUUCUUUUUUUAUUAUUAUGGCUAACCAUAAAUAAUGGAUAUAGAUAGUGAAGAUGUAGCUAUGUAACAGACCUGUUUACUCUUAGAAUUUUGGCAUACAUUAUAUAUACUGUAUGUUUAUUUUUUUUACUAUUAAGAUAAUGUAUUGAACGAUUUUAUGAUGAUUUUUUACGAUUUCAAGAAUUUUUUUUUUUGAUGUAGACUUACUAUCUGAUAGAUAUAGACCAGGGUCCCCACACAGUUGGGAAAGCGGGGAAUAGUCGGGAAUUUAUUGAAUAAUUUUCCUGGUCAUGAAAACAGGGAAAAUGGGCCUUCUAGUUAGGAAAUUUUCCGGAUAGUCGGGAAUUUAAAAAAAAUGUGGCUUUGGAUGACAUGAAAAUUGACAUUAAUCGCCGAUCUCGUCUAUUUUAAGCCUUUCUUUUAUGAAAAGGACCUUGCUAGUGGUUUCCCCUUAACUGCCCAUGCGUUUUGAGCUCUACAAGUUUCUAUUACUAGUAUUACCGUACAACUUCAAUAGAACAGAAAUAUUUAUUUUCUGUACACAUCGCCAAUCAAGAGAUGUUCGACUGUUUGGGUAAGUAAAGUGUAAAAUAAAGUAAAUAAUUAUUUAAUCUACUUUUCAAUUGUGAGAUAAACAUUUUAACUAGAAAACUACUCUUCCAAGCGAUGUCUACAAUGACUAUGCUUAGCGUUCUUUGUUAUGUCGUAGUCGUAGUCUUCAUUAGUUGAUUUUUAACGGUUUUACUGUAUGUGGACGACAUGUAUUUUUUUGUUAUUAGCGCAAGGCAGCCUUUAAUUUCUUUUAAAGACUUCAUGUUCACUUAACAUUUAAUUACGGCCUUCUAAUUUUAAAUAGGUUAAUAUUAUUAAGUUAUUUUGUGAUGUUAUUUUUGCGUAGAUUAGUUAGCUAGUUUACGGCUGACAUCGGAAAUUCAUUUAAAAGUUAAUGAAACUAAAACUAGUUGAUUGGACUUGAUACAUCGAUUCAAUGAGCCUAACAUAACUGUAUAUAGUUAGUUCUUAUUUUAUGCACUCCCGUGCUCUGGGUAUACUUUACGGUAUUAUACUAUUAUUCAUAAGCACAGUGGCGUAGGCAAGGAUUGUUUGUUGGGUUUUUUUGUGUAUUGUGGGGGUCCUUUGGAUACCCCAAAAAGUGUGUGUGUGUGUGUGGGGGGGGGUGGCAAUGAUGCAUUCUCCUGUGGAAAAACUUGACUAUGCCGUUUCAUAUGCAUUUCUUAGUAUCUCUUCAGACUCUAUAUUACUGUAGUUUAGUAUUGGUAUAAUAUAGUCUAUAUGGUGUAUGCCUUACUGUAAAUUAUAAACAUAAUAUUAAUAUGAUAAUAUAUUUUAUUUUAUUUCACUAUUCAGGAUCAAGGCUCAAUAAAAUAAUGCUCAACAGUUCCUUUAAAGACUGAUGGUCAGGACAGCUGUCAUGAUAAUUGAACUGCUUCACUAUGCUGGAAAUAUUGAUAUCAAGUAUUCAGGGCGAAAAUAUUUUAAAAAUGUCAAUCAUCUGAUGAGACUUCAGCUUUAUCACCUAUCUUAGGUGUCCAGCUCUGCAACUUCUCAGCCAAGCUACCAAUGUAUGUCAAAAUAUUGGAGAGAUUUCAUAGACACUAAAGUGUGUUGACUCAAGCUAUCCAUUUUCAUCACAAAGGAGAGAAUGUUAACUCAAUAUAAGAAAAGAUGCUUUCCACUUGUGGUAGCUAUACGUAUGUGCUAAAAUGCCCCGGAGAACACAUUGCAAAAGUUGCCCUUGCACUUUAAAAGUAAACGUUAACAAUUUUUCUCCUCUAAGCAAAUUGAAAAAUUGCAAUUGCUAGAAAAUUUAAUAAAAUUUUACAUGUAUAAACCUCAAUCACUUAAUUUUUUUGUUAAUUUGUGAUGCAUUUCAAUGUUGCUUUACUUUGACAAUUACAUUUUUUUUUAUGUUAUCAACAAAAACGCAGUGUUGUGAUAGUAACUGAUAGUCAGGAAUUUUUUUGUUUUUAGUUGGGAAAAGUAGGGAAUUUUGUUUAUAAAAAAGUGUGGGCACCCAGAUUUAGCUAUGUUGACUUACUAACUGAUUGAUUUAGACGGUGAAGAUGUAGUUAUAUAGACUUACUAUGUAUGUAGAAGACCAGCAGACUUGGUACUCUGCAUACAAUACAAAUGGAUCCCAUUUCAAUGUCUUUGCCGCCAUUCUAAACCUACUUCCGUAUGCCAUAUAUCCUGGUGUGGGAAGAUGUUUUAUUUUUUAGUUUGGGCAAAAGGUCCAUUAACCUAUAUUAAAAUAUUUUGGAUAGAGCAUGAAAUAAAAUUGCUGUAAUUAUCACUUUUAGUCUAACAAGGUUAGCUUUCUGGAAGGCCAUGUCAAAAUAUUAUCAUUAUAGAAGAUUUGACCCAAAUAACUCUGUUUUUUUUUUUUGUGUGCUUAUGUCAACUAAAUUAAGAUCAUUGAUUGAAAAGUUUUCUAUAUAAAAAGGAAAAAUAUUGUUUUAGUUCUCAUUAGACUUUCAACAUUUGGAAUUAUAAAACACUUACAAUGUUUGCUAAAACACCAAAUUUCUUGAAAGAAUUAUUUUUAAGGUGCUGCAUUAAAACAAUCAAUUCAAUCUUAUUUGUGUGCGUUUUUUAUACCCAGGAGUGUUUGUUGCCCUGGGUCUGAGUGGAGUUAUUCCCGCUAUGCAUUAUGUGAUCACAGAUGGUUUUUGGCAUGCCAUUAACUAUGCAGCCCUGGGCUGGCUGGUCCUCAUGGCUUUACUAUAUAUUGUUGGAGCUGUCAUCUAUGCUGUUAGAAUUCCAGAGAGGAUCUUUCCCGGCAAGUUCGAUAUUUGGGUAGGUGCUCAUUUGGUAACAUUACUUUCUGAGUUGGUCGGACGCUUUUCAUUAGUUAUAAUUAUUUGCCGCAUCAUUUUAAAUAAUAUAAUAUCAUUUUUAAAUCUUCUAGGUUCGUAAAGAGACAAUCCUCCCAAUGCAUGUGCAGCUUUGAAAAAACAUUUUUGAGUAUCUCAUACAUGACACAUAUACUUUCAUUACUUGAAAAAAUUGUAGUUUGCACAUCUUUUAAAAAUUUAGCAAUAAUUUUUUUUUUUUUAAAGUUCCAUGCUAUAUGUCACCACAAAUGAAACAAAAAGAAUUGACCGUACUGUUAUAUUCAAACUUAAAUUUUGAUUCUCGAUAUAGGGAAAACUAUGACUAAUUAAAAUUUAUGAAAGAAAUCAAUAACAAAACUAAGAGUCAAAUAAAAUAAACAGGUUGCUAUAUAAGCAGAGACUAACACAUUGGGAAAAUGUGGGGCUUCUAUUUUGUGUUCUUUCAGAGCCACUAUAUAAAAACCGUUGUAUCAAAAAAUUCAUUUCACCAUUGAAGAGCAUGAGAGUGAAGGAAAUCUUUUGAUUUUGACCUCUUUUAAAUAUAACAUUUUUAAAUUAUGAUUCUCUCCUCAGUUCCAAAGUCACCAGAUUUUCCAUGUCUUUGUGCUGGCUGCAGCUUUUGUGCACUACCAUGGGAUAUCGGAGAUCGCCAACUACAGACUUACCCUGGGGGACUGUAUAGCAAGGGGAGAGGUCGAGUAGACCAACGGGGCCGUCUGUGUUAUUUGUUACCAUUUUGAUCUCGCAAAGUUCGACAGAAGCGCACUAACAUCUGUGACAGAGGAACCACUAAAGAGAGAACCAGAUUUUUUUUCCCAAAGAGAACAAUGUUUUUUCAUGUUUGAACUGAGCUGCAGAGUUGGAGUCCUGCUUUCUGAAGAAAAACAAUUUUGACUGAAAUAUUGUCAGUGAAAGAUAGUAUUUUUUAUCAUCCAUGGUUUUAAAAAAAUAACAAAAAAAACUCCUUAUAACAUCAUCUAAAUGUUUUUUCUCCGACUCUGCAGCAGUGGGAGGUUUGUUGCCUGAUAUUUAAAUGUGGUGAUCAAGAUUUAAAUACUCGAUGCAGUGACUAACUUGGUGAUGAUUGACUUAAACAUGAUCCAGUACCGCUCUACACAUGUAAACCCUCCUUGUAACGGUGGCAAUGUUUACUGUUCAGAUAAAUUUUUCCCAGUUAAAAACAUGUACUUUUCAUUGUGUGACAUAACUAGCUUGCUUCAAUUCACAGUUUGUCUUGAGGUAAAGAUCAGAGGACUUUCUAUACAUAUUUUACUGCACUGAUAUGUAAAUUAAAUUCACCUUGUCUUUAUUAUUCCAUUGAAUUCGGCAUUGGAAUGAUGAGAGUACCCCAGAUUAUUUUAUGUCUAGUUUCAGUGUCUUUCCUUUUUUUUCAUUUUAUGGUCAUUGGGAGAGACCAGAAUUUUUAUGCCAUGCCCAUGAUAUUCAGCAUUGCUUCUAAAAAACUUAUUGAAACACUCAGAAUGUGUUGCCUAAAGAGUCUGCCAGAGAUUCUACGUUUUAGGUGUACUGCACUGCCAAAAAAAUUUAGAGAAGCACUGAUAACCACUGUCCACCUUUUUGUCCACGUUAAUGAGAUUUUCAGUUAGUAAGGACUUGGUGUGUGUGACUCAUGCAUAUGAGAUGACCUAAUGUAUGAACUCAGUGACUCAUGCAUGUGAGGUGACCUAAUGAACUCCGCAGUGUUAACAACUAAAUAUUUAAAUAAAAUAAAACCUGCCUAGUUGUAGAUGGAACAGUUAUUUGUUGAAGACUCUCUCCACCAGUCCCUGCCCCAUUGAGGCACUUGUGAAACAUACAAAAUGGGGCAUUUUUGUAUAUGCACCUGAUAAAAUCUUGCUCCAUGAUCAACUGUAUUGAGAUCAGUGCUAUUGAAACUCAUUGAAGUUGAAGCUGGUGUCACACCUGAGACAGCUAAUUUAGUGUAGCACUCUAUCCCAAACGUCAAGGUUAUUGGAUGUGUGCUCAGUAAGGUAAUGGAAUAACUUUUUGAGUGAUGAAAUCAUAGGAGAAUAAAUUUGUUUAAAACAUGGUUUUAUUGUUAUCACAGGAGACCAUAACUACAACCUGCUAUCAAGUUUUAAAAAGUAGUCAGUGGCUAAACGGCUUUGAAUGUGUUACAAUGUAUAGUUGUAGUAAAUUAAUACUUUACACAUAAUUUUAAUCUUAAGUGCAGGCUUUACUUUUAUUUACAAAGGUUUUCUUUAUAAAAAUGUGUAUAUGCUUCUGAUGAAAAUAAAUUACAGGCUCAUCAGAGUUUAUCCCUAAUUUUAACCAUAUUGUAACUAAUUUGUGACCCUGUGCUCCACAGAGCUAUAUUAACAAGUUGUUAAUUCAAUGUACAAAGCUAUGUAGCUGGGUAAAAAAAGGAUUACAGUCCAGCUCAAAUUAGUUCGAGACUUCCAAAUUUUUUUUAGCGCAUGCUGUUAGUUAAAAUAGACAAAUUUGAUUUUUAAAAUGUCUCAAUAAGUGAAAUGAUAAGAAAUUUUUACCUUACGAUGUGAAGCACUGAUAUUUAUUUAAAGACAUAUCAUUUUGAAGUGUGUUACUUCUUGUAUAUGCUUCAGCCAAUUGUUCUUAUUGAUACCUUUCAUGAGUACUAAUUUAACACAAUUAUCCCUCCUAUAAAAACUUAACAAAAAAAGUAUAUAUAUUUAAACAGCAUUUCUUUAAAAAUGUAGAUUGAGCUUCUGCCAGGAAUCCCAGUAGUUCACUAUUCUGGAAGAGCUGUUCUGCCAAGGUCGAUAAGCUCAGUUUUAAGAUAUCCAGUUUGAAAAACAAAUAAUAAGAUAUUACGUUUUAUUAUAUUUCAUUUAAUGUCAUCAAAUCAGACAUUCUCAACCUCAAAAUUAUGAAAGUCCCAAUAUGAAGUUUAAACCUUGGAAAUGAGCUGAUUACAUUUCAUUAGAUUUUUUUUUUUUUGGUACCUGUAUUCAUAAUUUUCAUAAGGGAAGCCUAUCACAUGAGAGGGCCUCAUUGAUGUAUUAGUUUUUGGACUAUCCUAGACUAAUCUGUAGAUUAAUUACUUAUGAGGAUGAGAAGAAUGCAUCCUUUUAUCUUGUUAAUUGGUUUCCUGAUUAUUUCGGCUAAUCCAAGAAGACACAUAACACCCCCCUCACCUUUUCUUUUAAUUGUAUUCUUAAACAUUGAUUUUCUAUUUAUGCAAGCCAAUCCGAUGCUUCUAUUUCUUUCUUUCAAAUACAAUUUUUUUCUUGUGGUUAUGACAUACUCACAAAUGUCUAUGCGAAUUUUUAAGUUAGUGAUGAUAUACAGUGGGAACAACUCUUUUUUUUUUGUGUGGGUAUAUCAAUGUUUUAAGUGCAAGGGCUGUACAUUAACUUACAAUAAUAUUUUCCAUAGAAAUGUGCUCACUGGUUGCAGUAAGUUGAUUAUCUUUUCACACCAUCUAUUUUAAGUCGGAGCUUAAUCUAUUUUUAUUGUGUCCUGUGUUUUUCACAAGAGUAAAGUUUAUUCUUGAAUAAGGAUUUGAACAUGCCAAAUUGUACUCACAAAUGCCAGAUUUUCUGCUCUGUUUAGAUCAUUCUUAAGAUAAAAUGUUGUAGCAAUAGGAUUUAAAUAUAAGAAUUUGAAAUGGUUACAAAAUUCUGGCCAGCCUAGAAGUAGUAGAAGUACUGACUUCAAUGUGCGUGUAUCUGUUGCCGAACGACAGCCAAACAUUUAAUAGCCAAUGAUGUAAAAAAAAAAAAAAAAGCAACAAAUCUUAUCCCAGAUUGGUUGUUAUACAAGUAAUGAUGAUCCAGAGACAAAGAGUGACUGACGUUUUAACUGGUUAUCUGGAGUGGUCCCUGAAAUUCUUAUGAAUGGCUUUGAUCUGACGUGUACAUUUGUGCUGGGAGUUAUAUCUUUAUUCAUAUCAUUGUACUGUUACUUUGCUUUCAAAUUUUUUAGGUUGAUGUUUGAGACUCAGGAUUGAAGUGUUGGGGAGAAUGGUAGUUUUUUUUCUUCCUCCAUUUAUUUUUAUUUAUUUCUCUUGGUGUUAUAUAUCCAAACCCUCCAACCCCAUUUCCCCCCCCCCCCCCCCCCCCCCCCCCAACUCCCUAUAUUGAAAGGGAUAAUAAAGAAAGCCGGGGAAAAAAAGGUUUUGGGGUGUCAUUAUAUAUCUCUGCCUACCAUCUACCAACACUACAGUCCUGUUGAGAACUGAGACCACCAUCCAUUCCUAUUAUUAUUAUGUGUGGAGGAUCAAUGUGCUGUGUCUGCUGACCACUGUGUGUUGUUGUGACUGCACUUCCAUUUCUGUACAUCAGUAUUGCCUGAGUCUGGAGUUCAAAAUUAUUCUAUUUCAGCACAUAUUAUAUUUUAUUUUGAAAAUUCGAGAGAUAGAAAAAAUAAAAGCCAACUUAUUGCUGACACUAAUACAAUAAAGAUUUAUUUUAUAAACAAAUAAAAUCAACAGCCAAGUGUACAGUUUGAGUGUUAUUGAUGUGUGUGACUUUAUAAUGUUUGGGUGA